CCACUUCCAACUGUCAACAGCUCCUUCCGGAACCUUCUGGCAUCCUCCUUCUCAUUGGGUCUCACAAUGCCAUAAGACUUCCGAGGGACUUCAAGAGAAAAUAGGGUUUGGUGGAUUUCUCGCAUAUGCAUGGGUACAGGGAACUGUGUUCAGCCUACUGAUUUCUAUCCAAGAAAGCAUGGAAAUACUGAGAAAGAUCGCCAGUGUUGGGCCCAAGAGAGAGGAUCUGUCAUGGAUGCUUGUUGUGAGUAUUAUGUUUGCCUCCCUUGGAUAUUUCCAGUACGGUUACAACAUCUGGGUGGUGCAACUCGUAUUUGAGCAAACAAGUGUCGCUCACAACAUAACAGAACCAAAUCUGAACAAGGAACCGUCACUAUUGUCCCUGUUCCUAGAUCGUCUCCCAUCUUAUAUCUUCCCAAUUGGCAGCAUAUUUGGCACUCUUUUUUCUGGUCUCCUGAUGGAUAGAUGUGGCAGGAAAGUUGCAUUGGUGAUCAGUAACCUCAUGUCCCUCAUCUCUGCUUUCUUCCUGGCUUGUGCCGGCAUGUUCGAUAACUACGAAUUCAUCCUCUUUUCAAUCUUGUUUUCUGGAAUAUGUACAGGCACAUUCUCCUGUACUGUCCCAAUAUACAUUGGAGAAAUUGCCUCUGUCAACGUGAGAGGAGGCAUGUGCAUCCUGCCAUCAGUCUUUCUUUCCGUUGGGGGUCUGACGGCUCAAGCCCUUACUCGUCUCAAAAAACUAGCAAACCGAAAAGGUAUACUAACACUGAUGAUCUUACCUGCAAUCCUGUCUUUCGUGACGUUCUUGGCACUGCCCUUCUUCCCUGAGAGUCCUAGGUAUCUACUGAUUCAGAAGGGGAAUGAAGAGAAAGCAAUGGAAGCCUUGAAAAACCUGAGAGGCACAGAGGAUGUGGAAGACGAGAUCGAUGAAAUGCAUCAGGAGGAUAACGCUGAGAAGACAGAAAAGGCCAUGACUGUUGCUAAACUUCUGUGCUACCGACGCCUACGGUGGCACGUCAUCUCUCUCCUCAUCUUAAUAGGAGGACAGCAGUUCUCUGGCAUCAGCGUGAUAUUCUACCAUUCAGAGAAGAUAUUCCUGAAAUCAGGGGUACCCAAGAAGUAUAUCUUGUACAUCCUUCUUUCCACAAUCCUCUUUAUCAUCUCUUCACUCAUUCUGUUGGCUUAUAUCAUUGAUUCAGUGGGGCGGAGAAAAGUCCUCCUCCUUGGCUUUUCCAUCAUCAGCUUCUUCUCGGUUGUGUUAACCAUGAGCCUCGAACUUCAGACAACUGUCCCGUGGAUGUCUUACAUCAGCACAAUUAGCACCUUGGUCUUCCUUAUUGGGCACACCAUUGGGCCAGCCCUCUCUCUUUACCCAGCUCCAGUGCCCAACGUGAUGAUCGUGGAACUGUUCUUACAGUCAUCCCGUGCAUCGGCGGCUGUAAUUGCGAAAACUGCCUUUUGGGUCGCCAGCGUUAUUACGGCAGUCAUGUAUCUUUUACUAGAGCUCAGCCUCCUGAUUUCUAUCCAAGAAAGCAUGGAAAUACUGAGAAAGAUAGCCAGUGUUGGGCCCAGGAGAGAGGAUCUGACUGGGAAGUUUGUUUUCAUUUCGAUGAUUUCCUCCCUAGGAUACCUCCAAUAUGGUUACAACUUCUGGGUAGCAAAAUUCAUAUUUGCGAGUAUGGAUAGAAUUCCCAAUUCAACAGAGGAGCAUCAGCCGGCCAGCCAUUCGCCACGACUUUUAACGUUCCUGGAUAGCCUGGCAAUUUUCAUCUUUCCAGUUGGAGGCAUAAUUGGCUGUCUUUGUACUGGUCCCCUACUGGAUACAUGUGGCAGGAAAGCUACCUUGAUAUUCAAUAACUUUGUGUCCAUCAUUGCUGCUGUCAUCAUGGGUUAUUCCAGUAUCAUAUAUAUCUACGAAUUCACGCUCUUCUCAAGCUUUUUCUCUGGAGUUUGUUCAGGCUUAGGCUCUUGUGCUAUCCCAGUCUAUCUUGGAGAGAUUUCUCCUGACAAGGUGAGGGGAGCCGUGAUCAUGAUGCUGCCUCUCUUCUUUGCCUUUGGUACUUCAUUGGCACAGCUCCUUACUAGCAUCAAAAGCCUAGGAAGCCAUGAAGGCAUGGGAAUCUUGAUGAUCAUCUCUGGAAGCAUGUCUCUCAUUGGGUUCAUCGUACUGCCCUUCUUCCCUGAAAGUCCUAGGUUCCUACUGAUUCAGAAAGGGAGUGAAGAGAAAGCAACGGAAGCCUUGAAAAAGCUGAGGGGCACAGCUGACGUGGAAGAGGAGAUCGAAGACAUGAAUCAGGAGGAUAUAGAUGAGAAGGAAGAAAAGGACAUGAAUGUUCUUAAACUUAUGUGCUUCCAAAAACUACGGUGGAACAUCAUCUCUCUCGUUGUCUUAAUAGUGGGGCAGCAGUUCUCAGGCAUCAGCGUGGUAUACUUUUAUUCAGAGAAUAUAUUCCUGAAAGCCGGGGUAAAAAGGCACAUCCUCCCAUACAUGCUUUGUAUGGCAAGCAGCUUCGUCUUCUUAGUAAUCUUGCUGUCGACUUAUAUCAUUGAUUCAGUGGGGCGGAAGAAACUCCUUCUCAUUGGCUUCGGUAUCAACAGUUUCUUCUGCAUCCUAUUAACCAUGAGCCUCGAACUUCAGGACAGUGCCCCAUGGAUGUCUUACAUCAGCAUAUUUGGUGUCUUUGUCUUCCUCAUUGGACAACACAUUGGACCAGGUCCCAUUCCCAAUGUGCUGAUGGUGGAAAUGUUCCUUCAGUCAUCCCGGACGUCGGCUUGUGUACUUGGGAAAAUUGUGCAGUGGUUUUGCAGCUUGGCUAAGGCAGUACUCUUCCUUUUCAUAGAGAGCUUUCUUGGGACCUACAUCUUCCUCAUCUUCUGGCCUAUCUGCACAGCCACCCUUAUUUACGUCUUCAAGAUGAUCCCAGAAACGACUCAAAUGGCCUUCAUAGAUAUCAGGAGAGCAAUGGUAACCCAUGUGGGCAAGACGAUCAAGGGGAGCUCAGGUGGAUUGUUCAGACGACACUUAACACGGGGAUCUAUAAAAGGACACCCACGAAGAAAAUCGACGAAACAGUAACAUUGUCUUUCAACUAUCCUGGCUCUACUGACAGAUCAGUGAUAGUAGUUUCCUUUCUGGUCCUAAGGAAUGGCCUGGCUCCUCCCGCCCUGCACCCCGCCCCAUGCAGAUUUUCCUACUCUUAUGACAAACAUUAUCUUAUUAAGUUAUAAAAUAUACAUACAAUUACAGAGUUGAA